AUGCGCUGUAGUCUCUGUUUGUCCCUGACUGUGGCUCCAGCGAACCACACGGUGAUGGAGGAGACCAACAUCGGCAGCAUCCUGGCCGCCGUAAACCCGUACAAGCAGAUCUCCGGCAUGUACGACCUGGAGCGGGUGCACCAGUACUCUAAGCACCAGUUUGGAGAGCUCCCCCCUCACAUCUUCGCAGUGGCCAACGAAUGCUACCGCUGCAUCUGGAAGCGCCACGACAGCCAGUGUGUCCUCAUCAGUGGAGAGUCAGGUGCAGGGAAGACUGAGAGCACCAAACUGCUGCUCCAAUUCCUGUCCGUCAUGAGCCAGAACUCAGCCGGGACCCCAGGCUCAGAGAAGACCACGCGGGUGGAACAGGCCAUUGUACAGAGCAGCCCCAUAAUGGAGGCCUUUGGAAACGCCAAGACUGUUUACAACAACAACUCCAGUCGAUUUGGGAAGUUCAUCCAGCUCCACUUCUCGGAGUGCGGCAACAUCCAGGGAGGCUGUAUCAUCGACUAUUUAUUGGAAAAGAACCGAGUUGUAAGGCAAAACCCAGGCGAACGCAACUACCACAUCUUCUACGCGUUAUUGGCAGGAGCUACAAAGGAGGACAGAGGGCAGUACUUUCUGGAAGACGGAGCAGAGUCUUUCCACUACCUCAGCCGAGCGGGAUGUUGCAAGGACAAAAGCCUGAACGACAAGGAGGUCUACAACAGCGUCAUGGAAGCGCUGAAGGUGCUGCAGUUUGGAGAGGAGGAGAUCAGAGACAUGUUCAAACUACUGUCUGGAGUCCUGCAGCUGGGCAACAUCGAGUUCAUGACGGCAGGAGGGGCUCAGAUCACCACCAAGCAAGUGGUCACAAAUGUCAGCGAGCUUUUGGGGCUGGACACUUUCCAACUGUCGGAAGUCCUGACACAGCGUUCCAUCAUCCUCAGGGGAGAAGAGAUCUGCUCCCCCCUCACCAUCGAGCAGGCUGUUGAUUCCAGAGAUUCGGUCGCCAUGGCCUUGUAUUCCCAGUGCUUUUCGUGGAUCAUUCUUAAGAUCAACCAAAAAAUCAAAGGAAAGGAGAAUUUCAAGUCUAUUGGGAUUUUGGACAUUUUUGGGUUUGAGAACUUUGAGGUAAAUCGCUUCGAACAGUUUAACAUCAACUACGCCAACGAGAAGCUGCAGGAGUAUUUCAACAAGCAUAUCUUCUCCCUGGAGCAGCUGGAAUACAACAGAGAGGGGGUCCAGUGGGAUGCCAUUGACUGGAUGGACAAUGCUGAGUGCCUGGAUCUAAUCGAAAAAAAACUUGGCUUGCUGUCGCUGGUGAAUGAAGAGAGUCGUUUUCCCAAAGGCACAGACUUCACUCUGCUGGAGAAACUGCACAGCCGACAUUCAACCAACCCGUACUAUGUGAAACCCAGGCUGGCAGACCAUCAGUUUGGAAUCAAGCACUAUGCUGGAGAGGUGCUCUAUGACGUCAAGGGAGUUCUGGAGAAGAACAGGGACACCUUCAGGGAUGACAUUUUGAACAUGCUCAAAGAAAGCAGACAGGACUUCAUCUACGACCUGUUUGAGAAAGUUGGCAGCAGGAACAACGAGGAGAAGAUGGGCACAGCCAGGCGCAAGCCCACCGUGAGCUCCCAGUUCAGGGACUCUCUCCACGCCCUGAUGGCCACUCUCAGCGUAUCCAACCCUUUCUUCAUUCGCUGCAUCAAACCCAACAUGGAAAAGAAUCCGAGCAAAUUCAACCCGGAGGUGGUUCUGAACCAGCUCCGCUACUCUGGCAUGUUGGAGACGGUGAAGAUCCGCCGUGCUGGGUUUCCUGUCCGCAGAACUUUCAAAGACUUUUUCAUUCGGUAUAAAAUUAUUCUUAAAGACAAAGCACCAAAAAACGGGGAUGAUAAGAAGAACAGUACGGAUCUUCUAUACAAAUAUGACAAGACCAAAAAAGAAUGGCAGCUGGGCAAAACAAAAGUUUUUAUGAAGGAAUCUUUGGAGCAGCGUUUGGAAAAAGACCGUGAUGAAAUUAGACGCAAAGCUGCCAUGAUAAUCCGUGCUCACCUCCUCGCCUUUUCUGCCAAAAAGUUCUUCAAGCUCGCUCGUGCCAGCGUCAUCACCCUGCAGAAGCAUUUGAGGAGGCACAUUUUGAGAAAGAGAUUCGUGAAGCAGCGAAAGGCAGUGCUGGUGCUGCAGAGACACCGCAGGGGGCAAGUGGCCAGAACCAGGGUCCGGAAACUGAGAGAAGAGAAGAGAAGGAAGGAAGAGGAGCAGAGGAAGAAAGAGAAGCAGGAGAAGAAAGAGGAGGGAGCCGAGGACGAGGACACUGAUGAUUCUGAUGACAAGAAGGAUGAGACCAAGCAGAUGGAGGAGAUCCUUCAGCUGGAGCGAGAGAUCGAGCGGCUGCAGAAGAAGCGUGAGGACGAGGUGUCUCAGCUGUGCGAGGAGUCCAAACAGGAGCUGCAGCUGCGGCGGGACGCUGAGCUCAAACGCAUGAACAAAGUGGCGUCUCGUAAGGCUACCAGUCUGGUUGAUGUGCUCAACUUCACCGGAGUGGACCCAGGUCUGUCUGUGGCCGCUGCCAUACCUACAGAGGAGGCCAAAGCGAAGACUCCCAAAAGAUCCACUGGUGUACCUACUGGUGCCUCAAAAGACGAAGAGGUGGAUGAGGGCUUCCAUGCGGAGGAGGAGUGCAUCCCUCUGCCAGACUUCCCCCCUCCUGCAGAGAGCGACGCCCCGGUGGACCAGGACAUCUUGGGCCAACUACCCCCUCCUCCACCUGCCUUUGCCGAGGGCACCGUGCCUCCAGUAAACGGUGGUCCGCCUCCUCCGCCCCCUCUUCCACCAGCGGACCUGUCUGGAGCCCCCCAGCCCCCGCCUCCCCCACCUCUCCCCCCAGCAGAGCCCGCAGCAGUAGAGAACAAGUCUGCUCCGGAUAGGAAGGUCAGCCUGGUGGAGAGCCUGCCCGACGAGCCCAUUUACUCCCUUCCCGCCGACACGGAAUCAGACUACGACCAGGAGGACGAAGAUGGCUCGGUCACCGCGGGCGACGACAGCAGUUCCGUAUCAGGCAGCAACCGGGGCAGCACCGCGGUGGGAGACGACGAGCACCCGCGCAAGUCCACCUGCACCAACGCCAGCAUAGAGUCCUACAGAGGCAGCUCGGACUCUGUGAGGACACACACUUACACGCAUCCUUCUUUCACGCGAGCACGCAAACAUUAUGCUGACAGUGACGAUGAGCACGACGGCUUGAUGGACACAGAAGAAGAGCUGAACACUGGCAGGGUCACUAUCCUGAACGGAAAUGGACCUCCCUAUUUCCACGGAUACCUCUACAUGAAAGCUGGUCUCAUGAUCCCCUGGAGGAGGCGCUGGUGUGUGCUGAAGGACGAGACCUUCAUGUGGUUCCGCUCCAAACAGGACUCCCUGAAGUCUGGCUGGCUCUACAAGAAAGGAGGAGGCCUGUCCACCCUCUCCCGGAGGUUAAACUGGAAGAUGCGCUGGUUUGUGCUGAGGGAUGGUAAGCUGAUGUAUUAUGAGAACGACAGCGAGGAGAAACUGAAGGGAACCAUAGACAUCCGGGCGGCAAAGGAGAUUGUGGAUAAUCAUGAGAAAGAGAACGCACUCAACAUUGUGACCGAUGAGAGGACGUACCAGGUGUUCGCAGAAUCUCCAGAAGAUGCCAGUGGCUGGUUCAAUGUCCUGACCAAGGUGCGUGUGUGCUCGCCUGAUCAGCUGCUGGACAUGGGACACGAACAGGCCAACCCCAAGAAUGCUGUGGGAACUCUGGAUGUGGGAUUGAUCGACUCAGUGUGUGCUUCAGACAAUCCUGAUCGGCCCAACUCGUUUGUGAUCAUCACAGCCAACCGUGUGAUUCACUGUAACAGCGACACCCCUGAGGAGAUGCACCACUGGAUCAGCCUGCUGCAGAAGCCCAAGGGGGACGCACGCUCGGACGGACAGGACUUUCUCAUCAGAGGCUGGCUGCAGAAAGAGAUGAAGACCAACUCCAAGAGCACCUCUCUAAAGCUGAAGAAGCGCUGGUUCAUCCUGACCCCAGGAUCCCUGGAUUACUACAAAAGCUCAGAGAAGAACUCCUCCAAGAUGGGAACAUUAGCCCUCAACUCACUGUGCUCUGUCAUUCAGCCGGACGAACGGGUGCACCGGGAAACAGGCUACUGGAACAUCAUUGUGUACGGCAGGAAGCAUUCAUAUCGUCUCUACACCAAGAUGUUGAAUGACGCCAUGAGGUGGGCAGCAGCCAUCCAGUCGGUCAUCGACAGCAAGACCCCCAUCGAGACGCCCACGCUGCAGCUCAUCAGGGACAUCAAGGAGAACAGUGUGAACGCAGAUAUUGUGGAACAGAUGUACAAGAGGAACCCCAUCCUCAGAUACACCCAGCACCCUCUGCACUCGCCCCUCCUGCCGCUGCCGUACGGAGAGGUCAUCCCCAGCUUGCACCGGCAGCAGGGCUACGCCAGUCUGCAGGACGAGGCUGUGCGAGUGUUCAACUCUCUGCAGGAGAUGGAGACGCUGCCCGACACUGUGCCCAUUAUCCAGGGCAUCCUGCAGACGUGCCAGGACCUGCGCCCUCUCAGGGACGAGGUGUAUUGUCAGGUGAUCAAGCAGACCAAUCACGUGCCUCAGCCUAACAGCACAGCCAACAAGGCCCACUGGCACCUGCUCACCUGCAUGAGCUGCACCUUCUUACCCAGCCGAGCUAUCCUGCGCUACCUCCGCUUCCACCUCAAGAGGGUGCGAGAGCGCUAUCCCAACACGGACAUCGAGCGCUACGCCACCUUCAUCGCAGAGUCUCUGAAGAAAACAAAGGCCCGAGAGUUUGUUCCGUCACAAGAGGAGAUUGCCGCCCUGCUGGUGAGACAGGAGAUGAGCACCACGGUCUACUGUCACGGAGGAGGCUCCUGCAAGAUCUCCAUCAACUCGCACACCACUGCUGGAGAGGUUGUGGAGAAACUGAUCCGAGGUUUGGCCAUGGAGGAAAGUAAAAACCUGUUCUCUCUGUUCGAACACAACUCGAUCACUGACAGAGCUCUGGAGAGCAGGGUCAUCGUGGCUGACGUUCUGGCCAAGUUCGAGAGACUGGCAGGCAGCGAGGAAGAGGAGGAGGAAGGAGAAUGGAAGCUCUACUUCAAACUCUACUGUUUCCUGGACGUGGAGAGCAUGCCCAAGGAGGGAGUGGAGUUUGCUUUCAUGUUUGAGCAGGCGCACGAGUCCCUGAUCAGUGGACACUUCCCGGGCUCCGAGGAGACCCUCCAGCACCUGGCCUCCCUCCGGCUGCAGUACAUCCACGGAGACGGAGCGGGCCGGGCCGGCUGGAGCUUGGGGACUGUCUAUCCCAUCGGCCGCCUCCGCAACCGCAUCCUCCACUCCACCCCAGGAGCAGGCGGGGUGGCCGGGGGGGCAGGAGAGGGGAAAGGCACUACGGGCCAGGGAGGGGUCACCGCUGGGGCAGAGAAGAGGAAGACCCCCAGCUUCUUAGACGGGACCCUGAGGAGGAGCUUCAAAACGGGAUCGCUGAAGAAGCAGAAGGUGGAGGAGGAGCAGAUGUUGGAGAUGUGGGUGAAGGAGGAGACGUCGGCCACUCGCACCAGCGUCCUGGAGAAGUGGACGCGGCUGUCAGGGAUGCCGCAGCACGAGGCCAUGCUCAAGUACAUGAGCAUCAUCAAGGAGUGGCCUGGAUACGGCUCCACGCUGUUCGACGUAGAGUGCAAAGAAGGCGGCUUCCCUCACGACCUGUGGCUGGGCGUGAGUGCAGAUAAUGUGUCUGUCUACAAGCGAGGGGAGCCCAAACCCCUGGAGACCUUCAAGUAUGAGCAGAUCACGUUCUUCGGGGCCUCGCAACUUUGCACCUAUAAGCUCAUUGUGGACGAGCGGGAGAUGUACUUCGAGACGCAAAUGGUGGGAGAGAUCUACAAGAUCAUGAGGGCUUACAUCAACAUGAUGGUGAAGAAGCGCUGCAGCCUCAUAUCAGUGACCAGCAUGGUAGAGCUGGUCGUCUGCCACCUGUCUGCUUCAGCUCAGUGCAAGCCCAGGGCCCACUGGGACAGACCCCAAUGCACAGAACUGGCCUGCUCCACUUCCAGCCUGCUCCUUUGUUACUUCAGGCACUGA